GGCAGGGAGGGGAGAAGCAAUGGGUGCGGGGAGAACAAGGGAGGGGCAGAGGGGGUACAAGGUGAUCUCAGGGAGGGAAGAAACGUGGGGCAGGGAGGGGAGAAACCAAAGACAGGGGCAUGGCAGGCGGGGGCAGGGAGGGAGCAAAGGAGAGGCACGGAGAAAGAAAGGGAGGUGCAGGGAGGGGAGAAACCGGGCGUGGGGGGGGCGGAAAAUGAGGGGCAGGGCGGGGAGGAGGGAGAGGCAGGGAGGGGAGAAGCUGAGCACACGGAGGGGGGAAAGGUGGGGCAGGAGGUGGGAAGCCAAGGGCAAGUGGAGGAGAGUGGGGGGGCAGGGAGAGGGGGGAGGGUGGGGAGCGGAGAAAGGCGGCGAGGGGCAGGGAGGGGAGAAACCAAGCGUAGGGGGGCGAGAAACGAGGGGCAGGGUGCGGAUUGA